UAUUCUCCACCGUCGGAUCUAGGUUUUGCGAAAAAAUCAACUUUCAAAUUUCAAUCUAAAACCUUGACUUAGUCAUAUAAAAAGGUUCAACCUUUUUGUGAGUUUCACUACGGAAUCUGAAAUUUCCAAAGAAUGGGGUUUAAGAAGGGAGAAAUUCUUCACAUCCCAGACAAAAUUCCAUUGAAACCCAAUGAACAACCAACCAUUGAUGUAUUUGCUUCAGUUAUUGAGCCAAAGCUUACCAAUACUCUUGUAAAGAAAUUGGGUAAAAUUGCACCAAUGGAGAAUUACAGACAUAUUAAGAGAGUUUGGAAGAAGAAGAAGAAAUCUGUGGGCGAAGGAGAAGGUGAAGGAGGAGGGGAUUUUCAGUUGGUACUGAUUUUGUGCAUUGCCGGUGAGAAUGGUGGGAAUGAGUUGCUGCCAGAUGAUGUUGCCGAGUUGGUAAAUGCGCACCAAUUGAGUCCUUUUAUUGCAAAAGUUCAUAAGUACGCCGCAAUAACAAAAGAAGAGUGGAUUGAGCAGUGCAAACUUUGGCCAACAUCUUAUCAUCCACCAACUUAUAACAUUGAGGGCAUUACAGGGUUCAAUGAAGAGGAUUCAGAAUCAGUGUUCCAUUUCAUGAAGAUGGCUCUUGAGAUGACGGUAGUGGGUGGUCAAGGAGUAGUCAAUGCAGCAGUUAUAGUGGAUCCUUCAAUUAGGCAGGUGAUUGCUAGUGCAAAUGAUCAAACAUGUCAGGCAAUUAGUGCAUCCACAGUUAAUGCUGGAGUUUCUUGUUUGUAUCCAUGGAAUUGGACUGAGCAAGACACUGCUGCUGCAGGGAACAUAGAUUGCUCUUGGCAUCCGCUGCGACACGCAGCUCUUGUCGCCAUUGAACAGGCAUCCUCCAGGGAUAAGCGGCUAUAUCCUGCCGGGUUGGAGGAUUUUGAAGAUCAGGCUACUGAUCAAGUGGAUUGUACAAUGUCGAAAAGACAGAAAGUUGAUUUUGUGAAAGAUGAGAAGGUUCUGAAAGCGGCUUGCUCUAAUGGUGGUUCUUUUGAAGGGGGUGAACGGCCUUAUUUGUGCACUGGGUAUGACAUUUUUGUCGCUUGGGAGCCCUGUACUAUGUGUGCAAUGGCACUUGUUCAUCAAAGAAUUCGGCGCAUAUUUUAUGCUUUUCCAAAUCCUAAUUGUGGUGCACUAGGCAGUGUUUACAGACUACAAGGAGAGAAAAGCUUGAAUCAUCACUAUGCUGUUUUUAGAGUUCUGUUGCCCGAGGAGGAGUCCUCGAAAGCGUGACACAGCGCGAAACCCAGUCUCAAAAUGUAUUGGUCAUGUCCAACAUAUUUUACGAUACAGUAUUUACAAUGAUUCAUGGAAAAGCUGGAGUUUUUUGGUUGUAAGUCUUCGCCUUUGCUGUUUGCUGUUUGAUACCCAUUUGUGAUGCCCACAACAAA